GGGAGCUCUAGGCUGUACUAGUUGCAGGCUGUUUAAAUGGAGAUGCUUAUGCAAGAGCUUGCUUCUUCUUCUAAGCUUUUGAGGGACUUUAAAGAGAUGUAUGAGUAUGACAACCGUCUAAAAACCUUUACAAAUUGGCCUUUUGUGAAGAACUGCAAGUGCACUCCAGAGAAUAUGGCAAAGGCGGGCUUUGUACACUGUCCAAAUGCAAAUGAACCAGAUGUGGCAAAGUGCUUCUUUUGCUUGAUAGAACUGGAGGACUGGAAACCAAACGAUGACCCAUGGGAGGAACACACAAAACAUCACAGCUGUGGCUUUUUAUCUCUUACUAAGAACUUUGAUGACCUGACAGUGGAGGAAUACUACAUGUUAGAGAUGACACGGUUAAGAACCUUCCUUUGCAAGACUGGCAGAAGCAUAAUAAACUCUUUUGAAGAAGAAGUCACUGCAACUAGGAAGCGUCUUGUAGACAACUUUUCCAAACAUCAAUACGCACCAGAACUGCCAGUGCUUCUACAUGCUGAUCCAACUUCCCAACCUUCUGAAAGUUCAUGCUACCAGUCCAAAAAAAUCCAGAAGUGAAAUGUAAAGACUGACUGUGAAAGUUUCUAUUCUUUAUAUGGUACUAAUAUUCCUAUUUUUAUGCAAAAACUAAUGUAAAGCUGAAUAGUUGUGUGAGAAAGCAUAGGAAACUUUUUAUAUACUCUCUAGGACAAAGGUCAUAACUGUUUGUACUAACUCCUAUCCUUCACAAUGUGUUUGUCAUGGCUAGGAGUGAAGUACUACUAGUCUCAUUAGCCUGUGAAUAUAUGAAAAAUGUUUAAAUACUUAUUCUGGUUUAAUAGGUUGAACUUUUUGAAUAAAGAUUCAUAACUCAGUUCUUAUUGUGAUAUGUGCUAUGUUCAAGCCUUUGAGCUAGACUCGGAUCAGAACUGUUCUGCUUCAAAACACUUUCCAUAGAACAGAAUGGAUCUGUCUGCAGUAAUCCCUACUUCUAAGCACCUAUGUUAUCUGUUUCUGCUUACCACUACAUUAUCUUCCUAGACCAGUUACAAUUUACCAUAGUGACAUCUAGCAAAAAAUUACGGAAGUGAAAAAUACUUGGUGUACUGCAAAAGGCAAGUC